AUGGGGAGAAGUAUUCCUGUUUCGAGUGCGGGAAAUGUUUUUCAUGUAAGUCCUAUUUUUAUUUAUACCAGUGAUAAUACAAGAGGGAGCAGCCAUACCCUUGUUCAGAGUGCGGGAAAUGUUUUUUUUAUAGACGUCCAGCCUGCAUAUAUAUCAGAGACCUCACAUGAGGUAGAUGCUAUAUCCCUGUUUCAAAUGUGGGAAAUGUUUUCUCAGAUUAAUCUAGACUUUACAUAUAUCAGAGAUCUUACACAGGUGAAAAGCCGUAUAUCUGUCAUGAGUGCGGGAAAUACUUUUCAGUGA